UCUGAAUUAUGAAAAGAGAACACUAUAAAUUGACUUGUCAUCACAAAAUGAAAAUAUCAAUCAAUCAAUCAAAGCUCAUUUAUCAUCCAAAAAAAAGAACUACACUUCUUAUAAUAAAAUCAUGUCGAACUUGCAACAAUCUUACAAUGCUGGGCAGACCAGGGGCCAAGCUAAAGAGAAGGCCGAGCAAUGGACUGAAUCAGCCAAGGAAACUGCACACAACGCUUGCGACAAGACUGCUAACGCAGCUCAGUCCACCAAAGAAUCUGCCCAACACGGGCAACAACAAGCCUCUGGUUUCAUCCAACAAACUGGAGAGUCAGUGAAGAAUAUGGCUCAGGGUGCGGUUGAUGGUGUCAAGAACACUCUUGGAAUGAAUGAGAAGAAGAAAUGAGAAAUCAAUACACUUCUCAUGUUAUAUUUUUCAAUUUAUUUGGAGUUCUCUCUAAAGUUCGAACAAUUCUUGCUUUUCUAAUUAAUUUUGUAAUAAAAUUUUGAAUUUUUUUUUCCAAAGGUCUUGUAAUAAGACAUGCAUAAGUAAUAAAAUGGUGCGAGUUACCCAUA